GGCAGGGCCUUCACGCGGCCUUGCUGAUCCCCGGAGCCCAGGGAAGGAGAAGGAAUGGGCAUAACCAGACAGGGGGCAUCACGAGGGCGCUCAGGCCAGGGCUGAGUCCAGCUCCGAGGCAGUGAGCAAGCCACUCUGCCACUCCGAGCCAGUUCUCCUCUGUGAAACGGACAUACGGAGGCGGUGCCCCACAGCCCGGGGCACAGUGAGUACGUCAAGAACCACCCUCACCAGCACCUUGGCAGCACGCACUAGACCAGUGAUGGCGCACCUUUUAGAGACCGAUGCCCAAGCUGCAACCCAAAACCCACUUAUUUAUUGCGAAGCGCCAACACUACAAUUACACCCAAAUGCUCGGCUGCUGGGGAGAGUUGGUGUGCUACAGGUUCGUCACCACUGCGCUAGACCCUGGGAACGGGGUGUACUCGGAGGGGGAGCACAGGGGCAGGCAGGGGAGGUAGUGCAGGCCCCCGCAUCCCCUUUUAGACUGUGCUUUGCGUCCUGCGAGUACUUGGUGCUUCGACGCAAGGCCCCGAGCAUGCUAGGGAGCGCGGCACCCCAGGCACGCACUCCCUCGCAGGGCACACAGCGAGGGCAGAGAGAAACGCCUUUUCCACGGCCAUAUGCUUGGCUCCCGGGGGUACGCGGAGCACAGCUGGGCCUCGGGAGCACGGAGCACCGAGAGGCCCGAUCCCUCGAGGGUCCCCCACCCCCGUGCGGGCGCGCACCCGGCGGCCCCGAGCGGCGGCGCCCACG